CCUGCCGUCCAGCCCAGCCCUCUCCAGCAGGAAGCCCAGCCCUUGAACUUGAGAGGGGGACUGCACCCGGCUUUACUCACCUGAGCCCUGGCCGGGGCUGGGGCCUCUGAAGAGCUGACAGCCCAGCUUCUUGUGGUCCAUGAAGGCAGUGAUGGCCUCCAACGGGAAGGUCUGCAGGCAGCGGCCGCAGGUCAACAGAUCUGGGUGUUUGUCGGUCCAGGGCCGGCGGUCUGCAGGGAGGAAGCGAGUGUCAAGACAAUGCAGGCUCCAGUGACCAUUCCUGUGCCUGUGCUCCGGCUGCCCCGGGGCCCUGAUGGCUUCAGCCGCGGCUUUGCCCCUGAUGGACGGAGAGCUGCCCUGAAGCCAGAGGUUCCUCGAAUCCAGGAGUGCCCCACAGCUCAAGAAUCCCAGGAAUCCCAGGAGCAGCGGGCCCGAGCCGCCCUUCGGGAGCGAUACCUCCGAAGCCUGCUGGCCAUGGUGGGUCGUCAGGUGAGCUUCACAUUGCACGAGGGUGUGCAUGUGGCCGCCCACUUUGGAGCCACCGAUCUGGACGUGGCCAACUUCUACGUGUCACAGCUGCAGACGCCCAUAGGUGUGCAAGCAGAGGCGCUGCUCCGAUGUAGUGACAUUAUUUCGUAUACCUUUAAGCCAUAAAGACAUUGUUCACCUUUCUGCUUGAGGCUAAGCCUCUGCAUCCCAGGCCUUCCAAUGUUCUGGAGCCAGGAACUCUGGGCCCCAUGGAGUUAUGAGUUCCCAUGGAAUUUUGAACCAAGGUUUAAGCAAGUCCGGACUCCUGAGACCUCCUGGGUCUAAUCAGUAAAAUUCUGCAACUCUAGGAAUUCUAAGAUCCCAUUAGAAGGAAUGCUGUACCUCACAGAACUCUGAACUCUACAGAAAUAUGGGCUUGAUGCUAUUUCCUGAAGACCCGGGCAUCGGGGUGGGGUGAUAAAGGAAGACAAACUGCAUAGGGGACGUUGUUUAUUAAAGAGAUUGCAAAGUUCAGCCACCCUGAAGAUACUCUUCCCCAGUGCUCCCCUCCUGCUAAAGAACCAGUUACCCCAGGAAAA